CAAACAUUUGCUCGCACUCAAUUACUUGCAAGCUCUCAUACCUGGCGAAACUGAGAUAUUUCGCCGCCAAAGGAAUGGAAAAUGUUUCUUAUUCGCAGCUCGGGCAGCAAGAAAGCAAGACGGACCUAAAACUUUGUGUGCGCGGCCUUUGGCUUUAUCAGUUUGGUUUUUCAUUUCGGGGAGGGAGAAAAAGUCAUUUCGGAACUCUAAAGUCUUCCGACGAUUUUGUUCUGGCCUAACCAAGCGCAGGGUAGGAUGGACGACGGCAGGAAGAAAACCUACACCUUGGAGCAGCCACCACAGACAAACUCCUUGAAUUCUAGUGCAAGUUCGCAAAAAGAGAGUUUGAGUUAUGAUUCGGCUGGGAGCGAAUACGACCCCUACAUGCACAGAGAUGUCCAUCUCCCGACAAAUAAUUUGGAAACGCUGCUGCACGUCAUCAAAGGGAUCAUGGGAAGUGGCAUUCUCGCGAUGCCAGACGCGUUCAAAAAUGCUGGGUACGCGUUCGGCUUUUUUGCAACCAUUGUCAUCGGCAUCAUUCAGUCCUACUGCGUUCACCAAUUGGUGCGCAGCGCGUACAUUUUAAGUGUUAGGAAAAAGGUGCCUAGCAUGACUUACCCUGAGACGGCGCGAGAGGCCAUGCUAGGUGGUCCGAGGUGGAUGACCAAACUCGCACCUUAUGCAAGCCCAGUGGUGAACAUAUUCGUUUUUGCUUUCCAACUGGGAACCUGCUGCGUCUAUUUUGUGUUCAUCUCUUCAAACAUCAAACGGGUCUGCGAUAUUUAUUUUGAUCCGAUUGACGUUCGCAUCUACAUGUGCUUUGUUCUUGGCCCUAUCAUUCUGAUCAAUUUGGUUCGAAAUCUCAAAUAUCUUGCUCCGUUUUCCGCUCUGUCGAACCUGACGAUUGUGUCUGGUUUGAGCAUCAUUCUGUACUACGUGUUUAGAGACGGCCUGCCGCCGCUGGAGGAAAGGCAAGCAGUAGGAGAUGCGAAAGGAAUUCCUCUGUUCUUUGGCACCGUCCUUUUUGCAUUAACGUGCAUCGGCAUGAUAAUGCCCUUGGAAAAUAACAUGAAGACGCCGAAGCGUUUUGGAGGCACAACUGGUGUAUUUAACCGAGCAAUGAUUGUCAUCAUGAUUAUUUACACUGGUUUUGGUUUGCUUGGAUUCCUCAAGUACGGCCCUGAUGUGCAAGGGUCAAUCACCCUUAAUUUACCUGCUGAUGAAAAAUUAGCACAAGCCGUGCAACUUAUGAUCGCAGUGGCUGUUUUCAUGACGUACCCCUUGCAGUGUUAUGUAGCGAUUGACAUUCUUUGGACGCAAACGUGGCAGCCAAAAUUGAUGAAAAGGAAGGUCAAAUACCUCCUUCCUUAUGAAAUAGGCGUCAGAGUUUUGUUGGUCUUAAUUCCGUUUGGACUGGCAGUUGCGAUUCCGAAUCUGGAGUUGUUUAUUUCUUUAGUCGGCGCCCUCACACUGAGCAUUGUGGCAAUCGCUUUGCCACCAAUCAUCGAAAUUGCAACUUUCGAGCACCAGCGCAGAGGCUGGAGACUAAUUAAAAAUAUUGCUCUCUUCUUGUUUGGACUUUUAGGUUUAGUAACCGGAACUGCGAUUAGUGUGAUUGACAUUGUUAAUCGCCUUUUCACAUAAGGGUUUUUUUGUGCGAUCAUUAUAAUUAAAAAUCUUAUCUCGA